UCAUCGGACUGUCGUCCGCCACUGCCACGGUAUCAGCUUAUACCACAUACUCAGUUUGUGGUGGACACAGUUUACUUUACUUGGAAUGCGACGCUUACUCUUGGACGUGGUGGAUUAUUCAAUGGCCGCUGGUAUACUUUUCCCAGGUCUUUGUUUUUUUAUUUGUGAUUACGUUAUAUAUUGGGUGCAUCGAGCGUUUCAUACACGGUUUUUAUUCAAACACAUACAUGUCUACCACCACCAAUACAACGCUCCGUACCCAUGGGCCGCUUUUGCAGUACACCCGAUUGAAAUGAUAGCAAACGUUUUAGCUCUGUUUUCACUGUUUUUCAUCGUACCAAUACACUGGGUUCCAUACACCACGAUACAGUCGUACAACUUGUACCACACCAUCCAACAACAUUCUGGCAUCGAUUUCAAACCAUCGUGGUGGCAGCUUUGGAGAGCAGACGUAAUGUACCACGAUGCUCACCAUAUGAUCGGCAGAGUCAACUUUAGUCUGAGCUGCCACGUGUGGGACAAAAUUCAUGGUACCAUGCAUGAAUCGAAUCGAAACCAGUCUUCGAAAAAAUCCAAGGAUCCUUCGAUAAUUGGUCGGUCGUCGGCCAAUAAGUAAUGCUUUGUAAAGUAAAAGAUUUAAAAGAUAAAAUAUUUUAAAGGUAAAAGAUUUUUUUGUUGAUAUGUACUUAUAUACAGUGGAAAUAUGAACAAAACAUUUUACUAGAACUCGAUUUUAUCAGACUUGGUGUUGUUAAAAAUUAAUAAAAGAUAGAUAUAUAUUUUACGUUAAUAAUCAUUUAUGCUGCUGUA